AAAAGUCUCUUUUACGGCUUCGAAGCUGGAAGGGGUGUCACGUUUAAAUUCCAUCAGUAACUGCUGGAUUUUAUUUUAACCGUUAUCACGACUUCCCUCCCCUUUUGAUACGCUAUUUCACCAACGAGGGAACAAAUCAACCAGCAAGACAAGCAAAGAGAGCAGUACGAUGGCGAAGAAUUUGGGCUUCGCGCGCGGCGGCACCAGCUCCUGGGCCGAUGACGAUGACGUGGACUUCCAGCCUUUGCCCGCGACCCCCAAGAUCGCUCCGACGGAGGCGCCACAGCCCAUCGAAGAGGAGGAAAUCCAACACCACGAGCAGCAGCGCGAUGCGCCCCGAGGAUACAACGACCGCUACGACGACCGUCGCGGUGGCCGUCGAGGAGGCCACGAAGAGCGCCGUGGAGGCUACGAAGAGCGUCGUCGCGAUUCCCGCGACGAACGUCCGAAGAAUCCCGUGCCGGACGUCGGUCCAUGGAAGCUUUUUGUGGGCAACUUGUCGUUCCGUCUGACGGAGGACGAUCUGGCAGACUUUAUUGGUCCACAGGGUAUCAGGGACAUCCGUUUUCCACGUGACCACGACAAUCGUCUUAAAGGUUUCGCCUAUGUGGAAUUCGAUGAGAGGGAGCAACUCGUGAGGGCGCUCGACCUGGAUGGCCAAAAACUGGAUGGUCGUCAUGUCAAGAUGGAUGUGGCUCUAGAUCGCGAGCGCAAACCACGUGACAAUGGCUGGUAUGACAAGCGCAGCGAUCGCUCUAACGACCGUCGUGAGAGGACUGAAGCUCCUCGGGAACGUCAGCGUCUGACUCUAUUGCCUCGCUCUACUUCCUCUGAAAAGAAGAAGUCGGAUGCUCACAAGCCCAGCAUUUUCGGAGAUGCCAAGCCCCGCGAUGAGAGUGCUUAUCUGGAGCGUAAGAAGGCGCUUGAUCUUGAACGCAAGGCGAAGGCUAAGGAAGAGAAAGAGGCCAAGGCCAAGGCUAAGGCUGACGUGGAAGCCAAGGCGCUGGCUCGCAAGAACAGUCACGACGAAGGCCGUGGUGGUCGUGGACGCGGACGUGGCGACCGUCGUCCGACUGAAGGUGGUCGUGGUCGUGGAAAGGAGAAUACUCCGGCACGGAAGUCGGAUCCCCGUCCGAAGCGUACGGAGCCUCCUACGACCAAGAUCUCGGCUCCGGCUCCUGCCAAGACGGCCAAUGUGUUUGACCUCCUGAACGAUUCGGACUCGGAUUCGGAUUAGAGUUUUGGGAUUGCGGAACGUUGGUCUCCCUUUUGUGCUGAUGCAGGGGCAUGCUCUACAUCUAGUCGGCUGCAGGUAGUCAAUAGUCAAGCGAAACUAAAAGUUCUCGCUACGUCGCAUCAGUUUUCUCGAUCGCUGCGUAUAACUUAGUGUCCUUCUGUCGACUUUUAGUUAAUGCAAGACACUAUAGUUCAACCAACAACUGUCUCUAUUAGAGCAUGAACUCCUGGUA